GGCCAGUGUGUGUUCUGUUUUGUUAAUGAUGUUUUAUAUGCCAUUCAUGCCAUGUUGACAAGUAGUGGCAAGAUAAAGUUUACUUUGUUGUUAAUAGCAAUGUUUUAAGCUAGCCGUGUGUUAGCCGCUAUGCUAGGCUGACUUCCUUACUGUGUACAGUGAGUUAUGGGGAGUAUCAGCCCAGCCCAGUAAGUGUCUGGGUGAGCCUUAAGAUCCACGCUGUCUGUGUACCUCCCCUGACCGUGUUAAAUCUUCCCUGCUAGUGUGGUUAUGUGUGCUGGGUAUUGUUAGGCUGUUGUUGGUUGUCCCCAUGGCCUCAGCUGAAGCUGAACGAAGCUUUAGUGCACUGAAAAGGCUUAAAACCUGGUUAAGAUCUACCAUGACUCAGCAGCGCCUUAACAAUGCAAGUGUAUGCCAUGUGCAUCAAACGGCACUUGACCUAACUGAUCUUGAAGAUCUAGAUCAAAGAUUGUUAAACCUGAAUGUUGUCAGUUCUAAAAGUUCCAGAUAUUUACUUUAAUUUUUGCCAUUUGCAAUUAAUAAAUACAAGUGUAAAUUAGGUAGCCAAAUACCUACCACUGAAUGGAAUGAUGUACAGAAUAGAUUAUCCACCUGGUUGCAAAAACUAUUGUUUUUUUCUUUGUGAGCUCCACAAGUUAAGUGUUUAAUGGUACUUGAACGUUACCUAUUUGCAACAUUUCUCAUUUGAAAUAGUAAAUAAAGCCUUAAAUUGUUCAUCAUUAUGUCGUCAUAUCAUAUGUAUUAUGCUGUGCUUGUGCGUGUAUGGGUGGGUGAGUGGUUCCACAGAGGGUUUAUGUCAGGGGGUCCCUACCAAAGCUGAGACCAAACCUACGCCCUUGAUUUAGAGAGUGUUUAGAGUUCAUUAACCCCGCAGUCAAAUGUACCAAUGUCAGAAAUAAUUAAGACUUCUUUAUAACUCCACUAAAUGUGCUCCUCUGCUGCCACUUUGAUCCUCCAUUUCCACUAAGUUCAAAGUGUGACAAAAAUUCUUGCACAACCAGCCCUCUGUUGACAAAAAAGAUUAGCAGAUAUGUACUCAGCGUCAUAGUGCAAUGUGCAGAACCGCAUGACAGCAAUGUGACAAAAUCCUGAUGCCAUUAAAUAAACCAUAAAAUUGCAAAUUUUCUUUUUUUGGUUAAUACUGCUGAGCCAGUUUGGAUUUUAUUCAUCAGUGCACAUGAGUGCAUACAGGCUGCAGCAACUCAAGGGUCACAUUUUGGCUGAAAAUAAGAUCACAGCAAUGGCAGUCUCACCAAGUCCUCUGACCACUCAUGUGCUAAACACUGCGACCGGCGUCCCUGGUUCAAACAUGGCCCUCAGUCUCUAUCGACAAGAUCCCGCCACUAGUGCCUGGAAUUUGAUAACUACUGGGAUCACAAAUGAUGACGGACGUUGCCCAGGACUUACUACCAAACAAAUGUUUACAACUGGCGUGUAUAAAAUUCAUUUUGAGACUGCUCAGUACUGGGAGAGGUUGGGAGAGACAUGCUUCUACCCAUAUGUUGAGAUUGUCUUUACUAUAAAUGACCCGGGCCAAAAAUACCACAUCCCCCUGCUCCUGAGUCGUUUCUCUUACAGUACGUACAGAGGGAGCUAGAGAUAGAGUGUGAGGACCCUCCUGAAGCUACCUCCAUCUAUCAGCUGUCUAACACCUCACAGGCAGAGACAACUCCAUCUGUCAGACCUAUUGACGAGACCAAAGCCUCAACUUGAAUGAUUCUCCCAUUUGAAUAAUAAUGAUAUUAUCAUUUUUUUUGCAAUUAAAUAUUAAAGAGUAACCUAUGAAAUAAAGUGUUUAUUGUCAAAUGUAUUUUUCUUUUGUCCAUGUUAAAAUAUUUUUCAAAACAUCAGCAUAUUUUUGUACUACAUAGUUAUAUUUACUACAAUUCACAUUUUGGAUAAAUAACAUUCAAUAUAUUCUACUGCAUGUAGGCUACUCUGCUCAAAUAAAGACCUUAUAAAAUCCCUA